AAGGCAGGUCUCCAGUUGAUCAGUCUGCUCAGGAAACUUGUGCUGAAGAAGAAAGUGCCGGAGCCCUAACCGGAGGGGAAGAGAAAGAAGUUAAGAAUCCAUGCAAAAGACUUUGUUUUGAUCCCGCAGAAGACAAUAUUUCUGGAAAGAAAAUAGCACGUUUGUGUUUUUUUUAAAUCAUCAUUGAAAAUCCUUUUUUUACACCGGUGCACAGCGAAAAAAAACCUGCUAUUAUUUUUUUUUCUUUUUCUUAAAUAGAUAAGCAACACUCUUGGAUAAAGACUCUUGGCUUUAACUGUAAAAAUCGGAUUAUCUGACUGAGGCAUUGUGUUCAUUAGAACCCGGCUAUACUUUUCCCCCCUCCUCCUCCUCCUCCUCCUCCACCUCCUCCUUCGCAUUUGAAAGCGUUUAUGCUAUAACUGAAGGAGAAGCAAAAGCGCCCCAACCAUGUUCCUGAGUGUUUGCCUCUUGGUGGUGACAACAUUUCUCUUGGGGCUGUGCGGGUGCUCCUCGGGCUCGUACGUGCCGUGCGAGCCGUGUGACGACAAGGCGCUGUCCAUGUGCCCGCCGGUGCCGGUGGGCUGCCAGCUGGUCAAGGAGCCGGGCUGCGGCUGCUGCCUGACGUGCGCGCUGGCCGAGGGGCAGGCGUGCGGGGUCUACACGGGGACGUGCACCCAGGGCCUGCGCUGCCUGCCCCGCAGCGGGGAGGAGAAGCCGCUGCACGCCCUGCUCCACGGCAGGGGACUGUGCACCAACGAGAAGGGAUACAAGCCCGCUGCGCUCCCGCCCGUAGAUCGUGAGUCUCGAGAGCAUGAGGACACCAUCACUCCAGAGAUUGUGGGGGAGCUGCAGCCAGCUAAAGUGCCACUCCAUCCCAAAGACAUUAUGAACAGUAAAAAAGUCAUUGCAGUGCACAAAGAAGAGCAGAAGAAGCUUACCAAGCAGCGCAAUAUGGGCACCAUCAUGGAUUACUCCCCUCUGCCCAUUGACAAGCACGAGCCUGAAUUCGGUCCUUGCAGGAGAAAACUGGACGGGAUCAUUCAGGGAAUGAAGGGCACUUCUCGUGUAAUGGCUCUGUCUCUGUACAUCCCCAACUGUGACAGAAAAGGAUUCUUCAAGCGCAAGCAGUGCAAACCAUCUCGUGGCCGUAAGCGAGGUAUCUGCUGGUGUGUGGAUAAGUAUGGCGUUCAGCUCCCGGGCACAGACUACAGUGGAGGAGAUAUUCAGUGUAAAGACUUGGAGAGCACCAACAAUGAGUGAAAUGGGGAAGACCACCCCUUGAACCCUCCCCCCUGUCCCCCACCCCGUAACCACCACAUGACACAGGGCCCAUGCCUCUUCUCUGAAUCACACCUUUAUGCUCCGCCCUCUGUUCACUUCAAGAUCCUCAAAUUUAAUUUAAAAAAAAGAGAGAAAAAUCCAGACAAAAAGAGCAGGCUUAAAAAAAUGACAAAUGUUUUUUUUUUCUAUUCUUGACCAAGCACACUUCUCCAAAUGAGGGGGAAUGACCCAGAAGAUUGACUAGACCCUUUUAUUGACUAUUGAUCAUGGGACCUCUGGUGUGAAGCUGGCUACAUGAAAAACGUGCUCAGAAUGGAUUUUUUUUUUUUUCCUUUACAGAAAAGGGAGUUUUCAGUACAGUACUUCUAAUAUACAAUAUUGAUUCAAAAUCAUUAUGGACAACAAAGAAAAAAAAGAAUCAGGUGUACUGACUGUCCACUAUGGCGUCAUGUUCCACAGCCUAAAUCUGAUUUAUUUUCAGAGUAAUUUGGUUUUUUUGUCUGUUUUCCAAAAGAAAAAAAAAAGAAACUGAUAGAAAAACGCUGUAACAGUUGACUCUAUCUGGAUUUGAGGUUUGGUCUGAGCACUUAUAAAUAGGGGAUCCUGCUUAGAUAUGUAUAAUUUCCCAAAAUAAUGUGUGCCUGGGUGUGAGCAUGAGUGCAGUGGGAAUGUGUUGUAUGUAUGAGCCUAUGCUGGUGUAUGAUAGCCUAUUAGACAAAAAAAAGAAUGUCUUUUUGCUUUCUCUUUUGUUUAAUUUCCUCACGAGUAUUGCUGGCGCUUGAGGUGGUCUUGGGGCUGGCUUCUCUAUAAUGUAAAGAAUGUCUUGGGACAUGGAGCAUUCAAAAACAAAAGAGCAAGUAGAUAAUCACAGAUGAACCUAUGUAAGUGGCUCUUUGAUGAUGUAGCUAGCCUGAUUUGCCAACUGUGCCUAUUUGAGCAGACACUGCCAUGCAGGGCGACACAGAGCUUGGAGACCGCUGGCUCUACUGGUGAAAUAAAAGAUUUUUCAGCUUCAAUGAUGGGACUCAAGUUUGAUUUCGAGGUUUUGGGUAAUCAGACUUGCCAGUCGGGCCGGUUGCCUCUCUGAUUCACUUGUGUGAAGUGUGGUUUUUGUAUGGUUUUGUUUGUGCUGUUUUCUUUGCCUUCAGUGAAGUAAAGACUACCCACUUUUGAGCCAUGUUCCUUUAUCAAGUGGUUUCCCCUCAGUACUGCUACUACAGUGUAACCAUGUUUUAUGACAUUACUUUUGAAUCUAGUUAUUGAAUGUUUUUUUUUUCUUUUCUUGUAAAAACAAAGUAUGACAAUUGUGUAAAUGUGCUUGGAGAAAAUUGCCUGUAAAGAAUUUGAAUAAUUCCUUAUAGCCUAUCAGGAGAGUGAUCCACAGUCGUUUGACUAUGGGGCAGUCAAAAAAGCCUCUGGAAUCUUUCCCAUUAUGCCUCCAUACGGAGGUACAAUGCCUAUAUCUCAGCGGAGCAUUAUCAAAAUAUAAGGAUUACAGGAAGCAACAGGGUCUUUAAAAGAGUUGUUCUCUCUGUGUGAAAAUGAGUGCCUUCCUAUACACAAGUACAUAUAAAUACUGACAUGAAAGUGACAUGAAUAUCACAUGUGGCAGUUUUUUUAGACAGCCACGUCUGCGGGCUGAUACUUGGUAUGACGACAAAAAGGUCUAGGUGCAGUUCUGAUUUACAGAAGAACAUUGAAUGUGGUAGGUCCUUUAAUAAGUGGUGUCAACGAAGCAAAUCCAUUUGUAAUCUCUGCAAGUACCUCAGUUAAAUUCCUGAUGCGAGUGAUACGUGAGGUACCGCUUAGUAGGCACAUUCAGUUCAAGUUUCUUCUUCUUUGACAACCAAUAAGCUAAGAUUCUUGCUUUUUCUUGUGAAUGCCAUUGUAGACGAUUGAAAGAGAGGGAAAGCCAAAGGAUGUUAAGAAGUUGUUUUUCUACAAACAGGAGAGAAAUGAUAUGCGCAUCUUACAUGGCUUCUGGUUGUGAAAACAUUAAGGCUCCUUGCCCUGUUUCCAACACCAAAUCCCCACUACCACUUUCGAAAGAUUGAGAAAAAAAAAAAGAAAAAAAAAAAAGCAGCUUGCACUUAUUUCGUUUACUCACUAUUGAUAUUGAUACACAACGGCGUCCUAAAAUGUGGUAUCAUGAAGUUAGUGGAACAGCAACAGCCACAACAACAAAAGCUAAAUGUUGUGUUUUCAUGCGCUUACCUUUCAAAGAUGGUGCUUUGAGGUAAUAUUAAUUGACAGGGGCUGUUAAAGCCCAUGCCUGGGACCUUCAAUAUGGCAACAUCUUUUAGACAAAAUAUACGUAAAUAAAUGAAAGAAACGCAGCUAGAGAUGUUCUCACGGCCUAUCAUACAGCGAUGACAGCUGAUACAGAGAAGGGGAAAACAGAUGGAGGAGUGAGGGAAGAGGAAGAGCAAGCGUCAUGGGCAGGUGUCAUUAUCAGGGCCUAGCCACUUCCCCGCUGUGGGGUCACCAAUUGCAUGAUUUAGAUACAGUUAGCAACAGUACAGUUAGACAGUUAUGAGGAGUCGCUGAAAUCUGAGGAAGGCAGUACUGCAAGCAGGAAGGAGUGCAUUAACAUGCCAAAAAACAGGGAAAAAUCUGAUAUGUGGGACUAUUAAAUGUCUGACCCAGUUGAGGGAGUGAACAUUUAAGUGGUCCAUUGAUUUCCCACACCUGUUUCCAAGUAGUAGCCGCCUCAAGUUUCUCAUCUCCUACUUGGUUUGAGCUCAUAUUCACAUUUCAUUCUUCAGUAGGACAGUAACUACAGUGCAGAUUUUUUUGGAAUACAUAACACUUUUUGGAUGUAAUGAGACAGCACAAUUGUUUUCUUUUUUUCAUAAUUUGGUGAUUACUGGCUUGCGAUCGGUGGCAGGAGAAUAGCGGGAAAUAAUGGUCAGUAUUUGGAGCUACAUAAGACAACUAAGAAAAAAAAAGACAAAAAAUCUCAAAUUAUUAAAGUGAAUAUCACUGUGUAAUAUUUAUUCAACUUGUAAUUUAUGUACUCUUUUAACCUUUGUCUUUUUUGUUAUGACAAAGCAUUUAUUUAAAUAAAGUUAUGUAUUCAUUUAA